AUGGGAGAUUCAAUGAUAGCACCAUCGAUUGAAUAUGAUUAUUUAAUCAAAUUUCUUGCUUUAGGUGAUUCUGGUGUCGGAAAAACAACAUUUCUUUAUCAAUAUACUGAUGGACAAUUUAAUCCAAAAUUUAUUUCUACUGUUGGUAUUGAUUUUCGUGAAAAACGUGUUGUUUAUCGACCAAAAACACCUCAAAAUGCAAAACCCUAUCGAAUUCAUUUACAACUAUGGGAUACGGCAGGACAAGAACGUUUUCGUAGUUUAACAACAGCAUUUUUUCGUGAUGCAAUGGGUUUUGUUUUAAUGUUUGAUUUAACAUCUGAACAAUCAUUUUUAAAUGUACGAAAUUGGCUUGCUCAAUUACAAUGCCAUGCUUAUUGUGAAGAUCCCGAUGUGAUAUUAGUUGGAAAUAAAGCUGAUCGUGAAGAAGCUCGUGUUGUCUCUCAAGCACGUGGUAAAGAAUUAGCCGACAAAUAUUCAUUACCAUACAUUGAAACAAGUGCUUUUACAGCACAUAAUGUAAAAGAAACUAUAGAAACAUUAUUAGAAAAAGUUAUGAUGCGAAUGGAAAAAACAAUAGCUCAGAUUCAUUUCUUAUCAACAAAGUCCAAAUUGCAUAAAUCGAUCUUUCCUGUUCGACAACCACCGGUAGUAUCACCAACUGAAGAAAAACCAGCAUGUGCUUGUUAA